AUGCCUUGGAAAGCUAGAAGAGUCAUGGUUGUUGCUCUACUCCUGUCGUCCUUCUUGGGUUUUCUCUCAAUAACUUUUGCAACUGGGGUCGGCUACGUAUGGGGGAAGAUGUUUACAGGUGAUAGUGAAAUUCUUGACUUAACCAGCACGGUUUUGCCCAUCAUAGGCCUCUGCGAGCUCUUCAAUUGCCCACAGACAACUGGUUGUGGAGUCCUGAGGGGAUGUGCCAGGCCCAGACUAGGAGCUAAUAUAAACUCUGCUGCAUUUUUUCUCUUGGGAAUUCCUCUGGCCAUCUUGUUAGCUUUCCACCUUGGGUUUGGGUUCUUGGGGCUGUGGUUAGGACUGUUGACAGCUGAGGCUUGUUGUCUGUUAUCAAUGGUGUAUUUUCUCCUUCAAACUGAUUGGUUUCAGGAAGCCGAUAGAGCUUGGAAACUGACUAGGGUUGAUGAUGGCAAUCUGGUUCUACAUAGCGAAGCACAUCAUCAACAGAUCCUUGUAACAGUCUAA